AUGGGACGGAGAAAUAUGAGCAUGAUGCGGCUGGGAAGGUGCGCUGCGUUCUUGGCUGCCGCAGCCUUCCUCCUGCCGUUCACCAUUCUCCUGAUGGUGUUCGACCAGCAAUACAAUUUCACCUACAACUCGAAGCGGGUGUUCUACCAGGAGAGUGACUUCUAUAAAAUUAACGGAACCCUAUACGCGCCCGCAUUCACGUUAACCACACCCACUAGUGUUCGGACACAGUAUGUGUUCGAGAAUGGCACCCAUGAAGAGCUUUUACCACGUGACAAGUUCCUCGAGGUCGGCGCCAGAAUGGAUGCUAGACGGGAUUACAUGAGGAGCGAAUGCUCCAGACUGGGCCUGGACAGCUCGAGUAACAAAGCCUACGCUUGGGAGUAUCUUAUCAAUCGACAGUACCACGUCAUUUGGUGCAACAUUUUCAAGGCGGCGUCGACUUCUUGGAUGUACAAUUUCAAUCUAAUGGCUAACUAUUCUGCCGCCUUUCUGGAUAAGACCAAAGAGGUCCCUUUGGAGCUGGCGAGGAAGAAGUAUGCGAGGCCAACGGUUGAGAUGAUAAAAAAGGCUCAACCGGACUCGAUAACAUUCCUGAUAGUGAGGCAUCCUUUGGAGAGACUUGCGUCGGCGUACAAUGAUAAAAUUGUACACGCAUGGCCGAAGUCCUUUCAUGACAAAAUGGGACACAGGAUAAUAAGGAAAUAUAGGAAGCAUUUGGACGGUAAGCCAACGCCAACGGAGCGCUAUCCUGUUUUUGAGGAGUUCGUGGCUUACGUGCUGGACGAGGCGCGGGCCAAGCGGACCCUCGACAUGCACUGGACCCCGUACACCAACUUCUGUACGCCGUGCAAGUUCAACUUCGACGUCAUACUGAAGUUCGAAACACUUGAUGAAGACCAACGUUUCCUAAUCCAAAUGGCCAGACUACAAGACGUCGUGAAGCCGGAGUGGCGUAACAGUGGAAAAGGCACUAACACACUCCAUAAUAUCAAUCAUCUGUAUUCAAGGCUCAAAAAAUCUCAGCUAGACGGACUGCAUAAAUUAUACAGAUACGACUUCCAGCUGUUCAAUUACACCAUAGACAACUACUAUGAAAUAGUGAAGGAAGACGACGAGAGCAAUCACGGA